AUGUGUUUCAGUUUCUACCUCAAUUCUCUCGUCCAUAUCAUUGAAGUCGGCAACGGAUUCGUGACAUUUCAACUGCGUGGCCUGGAAUUCCGAGGAACAUAUUGUCACCAGAGAGAAGUCGAAGCAAUCACUGAAGAUAUUCGAGAUGGAAGUGGAUUUUGUUGUUGUUCUCCUGGUUCACUUCCUGGUUUUUUGUCUUUCAACACAGCUUGGAAUCUUCGAUGGCUGGCUUGGGAAGUUGUCUCUGGAAAGUAUAUUAUCGAUGGAUACAGUAUUUCGGAUAAUUCUGCUGUCAAUUUGUUACAGGUCCAUGAACUCCGUCGGUUGUUGGUAACUCUCUACAUAAAAUGCAUCAUCUACUACACAUUUACUUCUCAUAAAUUCCGCCAAUGGCUCCGCGAAGAAGUCGUUUCGAAUUCAAUCAAAUCAGUUAUUGAGAAUCAACGAUACACUGAUGUUGAUUCGUUAUUCUGUCCAACGAAUGAUGAAGAUUACGACAAUGCAGAGUCUGGAAUAUCACGAAGUAGUUUCAAAAGUGUCUACUUGUCGUGGAUGAUGUAUUGUCUUGCGAAACGAGAAGAAACUGUUCAGGAAGAUAAAUUUGAUCAAGAGGAAGCAUUAACUCUUUGUUAUCUUCUUUCUCUGGUGGCUCGUCGAUCUCUCGGAACUGCUUCUUUCAAUCGUCAUUCAAGUGCAGCUGAAUCAUUUUUGUAUGGACUUCAUUCGCUUUUCAAGGGAGACUUCAGAAUAACUUGUCAACGCGAUGAAUGGGUGUUCACUGAUAUGGAUAUGCUUCGAUGCGUAGUUGCUCCAGCGGUCAAAAUGGCUCUGAAACUUCAUCAGGAUCACUUUGCUCAAUUUGAAGAAUUCGAUGAGAACGAAGGAUUGUACACAACAAUUGGAGAUUAUCAGACGAAAAUGUUUAUUUCUCACGAACAAGAUCCCGGAUGGAGACAAGCAAUUCUUGCAAAUACUCCAAGUUUGUUGGCAUUGAGACAUAUUUAUGAUGAUGGACAAGACGACUACAAGAUUAUUAUGCUCAAUCAAAUGCACUUGAAUAUGAGAGUGAUCAAAUUGAAUCGUGAAUGUGUCCGCGCAUUCUGGGCCGGCCAACAACAAGAACUCAUUUUCCUUCGAAAUCGGAAUCCGGAACGUGGAAGUAUUCAGAAUGCGAGACAAGUUCUCAGAAAUAUGAUCAAUAGUUCUGCUGAUCUGCCAGUUGGAUAUCCAAUCUACGUAUCUCCAUUAACUACUUCGCAUAUCGAAUCUCAUUCACAGAUUCACAAAGUUUUUGGACCGACUUUCACUUUUAAGAGUUUCCGAAACUUUGGUCAAAAUGUAUGGAAUCGUCUACGUAAUCACUUCGGCCCAUCCGGAAGUACAUCAGCCCAUCAACAACAACAACAAGCUGCUCAAUCCAUCGGACCAACUCCAACUCCUGGCCCUCCAGUCAUGCAAAUCACUAUUCCAUCUGCCACGUCAUCAGGUGCAUCCUCUGCUCCAGGCGGACCGAAUCCAUCUUCUGGUCCACCAGCUGCUCCGAGAGCACAGUUUCAUGUUGGACCGAUUCCACUUCCAAGAGAUGGAGAUAAGGAUACAGAUGAAGAACAAGAAAUGAUUGUAUUAACGAUGACAACGCCGAGACCGGGACGACGACUCGAGAAUUCAAUAGUCGAAAUGGGAAAAGAUGGAACCGCCCGUGUCUCAGUUCUUCAUCCAAAAUCUCGUCCACCACUCGAUGAAUCAAUUGCUGCACCAGUUACAUUAACAGCUCCACCACAAACAGAAAGAGAACGAGCAAUUAUGAAUCGACCCAACCUUCAAACAAUGCUUAAAUCCGGUCACAUUAUUGGAGGAAACCAAGAAAUGGCUAUUGGAUCAUGGGUUCUGAUUGUGGAUAGUGAACAAAUCUUCAAAUAUCUCAAUGAACCAUUGAAAUCAUCUGGAGAAUGUUUAGUCGUCUGGCCAGAUGAACUCGUUCAACAUAUGUCUGGUCGAGCAUCUUGGUUGUUCCAACCAUCACGUGGAAUGGCUGGAAAAAUAGUGUACACGUGGUAUCCGUCCCACCCGUUGAGAAAUCGAAGAAGUCAUGUUGGCGAUCAUAUUCAUUUGAUCUCCCUCCCAUUGAUGCCUAAUGGUUUAGUCCCUGUCGCCGAGAAAGGUCUCCGAUUAAUUGCUCCACAAGAUAUCAAUUCGUUAGGAUUGUCCGGAUGUACAACACAGGAACAACAAGAGUUCCAAGCCCGAUAUAUUGACGUGCUCAUCCUUUCGAAAAUCGUCACUGGUACCGUAUCCGCCCGUACUUCAUUCCCCAAAAAACCUCCAAUUCCACCUCCGAGUAGUCGUGAAAGAGAACGAGAUAGAGAAACGGGGACACCAUCUGCUCCAGGUGCUGCCACGUCAUCAGCGUUUUCUGCUCCAGCUGCUCCAGAAGCAACAACAUCUUCUGAAGCAGGACCUUCGUCUGAUCCACUCGGGUCAUCAUCGUCAGCAUAA